AUGGCGUGGAGAUUCAAGGCGUCGAAGUACAAGAACGCGGCCCCAAUCGUACCGAAACCGGAGGCCUGCAUCCGGGAUCUUGUCGUCGGCUCGUACCAAACGUAUGGCAACAACAUCGCCGCGUCGGCCGCGUUCAUUGCGUUCAACUGGGAGCAUGCCGGGUCGAGCCUGGCCGUGCUGCCGAUCGAUGAUUGCGGCCGGAAGAGCAAGACGAUGCCGCUGUUGCACGCCCACACCGACACGGUGACGUACCUGGACUUUUCACCGUUCCAUGAUGGGCUGCUGGCGACCGGGUCGCAGGAUUGUCUCGUAAAGGUGUGGCACAUCCCGGCGAAGGGCCUCGAGCAGUCGAUCUCGAGCGCGGAGUGUACGUUCUCGACCCGCCAGCGGCGCGUGGAAACGGUUGGCUUUCAUCCGACCGCGGAUUGUUUGCUGUACGCGACCGCCAUCGGGUGUGUUAGCUUGUGGGAUCUCACCAGCCAGCAGGAGACGUUCUCGAACAACGAACACCCGGAGGUGAUACAAUCGCUCAGCUGGAAGCAGGAUGGCCGGUUGUGUGCGACCAGCUGCAAGGAUAAGAUCGUCCGGGUGAUGGACCCACGUGCGAGCGCCCCGAUAACGCUUGCCGCCGAGAGCCAUCAGAGCAUUAAGGACUCGCGGGUGGUGUGGUUGGGUGAGCAGAAUCGCAUCCUAACGACUGGCUUUGAUGCGGCCCGGCUCCGCCAGGUGAUCGUGCGGGAUUUGCGGUGUUUCGGCACACCGGAGAAGACGCUCGAGCUCGACUGCUCCACGGGUAUCCUGAUGCCGCUGUUUGAUGCCGACACCAACAUGCUGUUCCUUGCCGGUAAGGGUGACAGUACCAUCAACUACCUCGAGGUCAGCGAUAAGGAGCCGUACCUGAUCGAGGGCAUACGGCACUCGGGCGAGCAGACGAAGGGUGCCUGUUUGGUGCCGAAGCGUGCGCUCAAGGUCAUGGAGGGUGAAGUCAACCGGAUCAUGCAGCUGACGUCGAACUCCGUCAUUCCCAUCAUGUACCAGGUGCCGCGGAAGACCUACCGGGACUUUCACACGGAUCUCUACCCAGACACGAACGGCUACCGGAGUGAGAUGUCCGCAACGCAGUGGUUGGGUGGUGCCAACACACCUGUACCGAAGAUCAGCCUGGAUCCGGCAAAACGCGAGCUGGGUGACGCACCCAUCAUUGUCUUGCGCGGACCCCUAGCGGAGGUGGUCAAGAAUAUCGAGAACAAGAUGCGUAACGCGCUCCCGAACAACACGUCCACCGCGGCCAGGAUCGAGCGGGAAGCCAUCGUGAAGCCAACGUUCGUCCCGAUCAAGGACAAGAUCAAGCACAUGGAGCAACAAUCGCACACGGAAAAGUGUGAGCUGGAGCAACGCUUCAAGGAGCUAUCGGCAGCCCACAAAGAGGAGGACGGUGGUGGUGAACACACCCUGCCGGAGAACAUCGACAAUGGGAACGGAAAUGGCAACCAUCACCCGCAUCCACAGCAACAGCAGCAGCAGCAGCGUGAGACGUCCUCCUCGUUCGACUCGGAAACGGAAGGACGUCCUGGUGAGACGACGCCUCCGAAGCCGCUGCCACGCACGUCACGUAAUAACUCCGUCUCGGAGCAGCUGUCCGGCUCGGGGGGUGAUGAACCGGCACCGGUCACCAACGUGGCGGGUUAUGGUCCCGUAACCACCCCGAGACCGGUUGCUAGACCGCGGACUACCAGCGGAUACAAGCCACGCCUGGGCCCGAAGCCCUUCUGCAGCUCCAACGCGUCGGGUGAUUUCUCCUUCGAUAAGGUGUUUAGCGUGCCGGCUGUUCCGGGAAGCGAACCGGGAACCGACGGGAAGGACGGACAGAUACCGGACGGUCCGGAUGAGCCACCGUACGGUGAGCAUGGACCGGGCGAAACCAACGGGAAUGGACCGUCGGUGCAGCUGGAACAGGAACCGGAACCGGAGCCGGCCAAGACACCGGUGGGUGGCACGAACAAAACCGCGGGUGAGCCGAUGGAAGAGUGCGACGUGGAGACGCGCUCGAUAACGCGUGCCGAAAUUCUGAAGCUGGGUGAACAAGAAAAGAUGUUUGAGCGAUGCGCGUCGUCGGAAUCGGUGGACCAAUUUGAUGCUGCCACGGAUGAUGCAAAGGGCCAGUUCGAGCGGUUGAGUGCGCAACGGAUCAGCUUGGCCGAGCGUCGCCGGAUGUUCGAGAGCCGUUCGCAGAGUAUGCAGGACGAGAAAGCGAGCUCGCCGACUCCUUUCCGUCGACUGGAUUCGCUAAAGCUCCGUGGUGAGCAGCGCACCUGUCUGGACGAUACCGACCUAAUGCCGCCACCACCGAACGCGGAAUUCAUCCGUAACCGGAGCGACCUCACGAAGGAGAGCCUCCCAGAUAUUGUGAAGCGAAGCAACAGCACGGCAAGUGCCGGUGGCAACACCGUCGCGUCCAAGCGCACCUCUACCGUGUUCGGGCGGGUUUCAAAGUUCCGCCAUCUCAAGGGCACACCCGGGCACAAGAGCACCCAGAUCGAGAACAUCCGCAACCUAAGCCGGCAAAUCCCGGGCGAGUGCGAUGGCUUCCAGGCGAAUGUGGACCGUGUUGCGGUACCGAUUGCCGGUGCGGGCGGUAAGCUUGCCGUGCUGGAGCUGAACGAUCCGGGUCGCCUGCCGGAUGGCGUCAUCCCGACGCUCGUCAACAUCCAGAACAUCAUGGACUUCCAGUGGGAUCCGUUCGACGUGUACCGUUUGGCGGUUGCGUGUGACGAUGGAUCGGUCAAGCUGUGGCGUAUCCCAGCCGGGGGAUUGACCGAGUCCACCAACGAACCGGAAGCGGUUUUGGUCGCGCACUCGGAGAAGAUCUACAUCAUUCGCUUCCAUCCGCUGGCGCAGAAUGUCCUGCUGACGGCAAGCACCGAUCUUGCGAUGAAGCUGUGGGAUCUCGACACGAUGACUGAGCGCAUCUGUUUGCUCGGCCAUACCGAUCAGAUCUUCUGCUUCUCGUGGAGCCCGAGUGGCCGUUACGGUGCUACCGUUUCAAAGGACGGCAAGCUGCGUGUGUACGAACCGCGCCGUUCGCCUCAACCAACAUCCGAAGGUACUGGGCCCGUUGGAACACGUGGUGCCCGUAUUGUGUGGGCGCUUGAUGGCGAGUACCUGGUCGUAACUGGGUUCGACAAGGUCUCCGAGCGGCAGAUAUACGUGUAUAAACUGACCGAGCUGAGCGCACCGAUGGGUAUGGUCGGGCUGGACGUAUCCCCCGCCAUUCUGAUGCCGUUUUACGACGAGGACAGCUCGACACUGUUCGCCACCGGCAAGGGUGAUAGCACGAUCUACUGCUUUGAGAUCACGGACGAGGCACCAUUCAUUUGUCCGCUGUCGCACCAUCGCUGCCCAUCGCUCACGCAGGGUCUCAGCUUCCUGGGCAAAAAUCAUUGCGACGUGGCCGCGGUUGAGUUCGCUCGAGCUCUCCGGCUUACGAACGGGACAGUUGAGCCGCUGAGCUUCACGGUACCGCGCAUUAAAUCAGAACUGUUUCAGGAUGAUUUGUUCCCGCCGACUCGGAUGGUUUGGAAACCGAACAGUACCGCCGACGAGUGGUUCGCCGGAAAAGAUCGCGAACCGGCACGUGUCUGCCUGAAGCCAUCCGGCAUGGAUAAGCUGUCGUCGAUUCAAGCCCCGGCCACAACCACACCGUCGAAGAAGGUCGAUAUUACGCCGAAGCAGCCGAACAUCCUGAAACCUUUCGGUUCCAAACCACCGGAACUAGUGCAGGAGCAGAUUAAAAACGCGGUCAGCGCUCGUAUGCCCGUGAACAAGAAGCUUGAACAGGACAGCAUGGAGGGUGUCGACGAAAAGGAAUGGGAAGAGUGA